AAACUUUAAAUAUCUGUGUAUGUUGUGUACACAGACAUUCCUGCAAACUCGAUAAGGUCACUAUUCCCUCCUCCCUGAAAGAAAAGCCUGAUCAUUAGUGUCUGGGGGUAAAAAUGGCAAAAGAGGCCCACAACAUGAAUGGAGAUGCUUUUCAGGAAUCCAGCUACAUUGAAGAAAGCAGUGGCCAAAGUGAUGCAAUUUCCUUGAUCUUUUCUCUCAAAGAAGAAGUGGGAGCUUUAGCAAGAAUACUCCGCAUAUUUGAGGAAAAGGGAAUAAAUCUGACUCACAUUGAGUCCAGACCUUCUCGACUGAACAAAGAUGAGUAUGAAUUUUUCAUCAAUGUGGAAAGCAAGAAUGUUCCUGCUCUUGAGGAACUCAUCAGGACCUUGAGAGACGACAUUGGAGCAAAUGUUCAUGAGCUUUCACGUGAAAAGAGGAAGGAUGCAGUACCAUGGUUCCCAAGAAGUAUUCAAGAACUUGACAGAUUUGCUAAUCAGAUUCUCAGUUAUGGAGCAGAACUGGAUGCUGACCACCCAGGUUUCAAAGAUCCUAUUUACCGGGCCAGAAGAAAAGAAUUUGCAGAUAUAGCAUACAACUAUAGACAUGGUCAGCCUAUCCCCAGAGUGACUUACACAGAAGAAGAGAAGAGAACAUGGGGAACUGUCUUCAGGGAGCUGAAGACUCUGUAUCCCACCCAUGCAUGCUAUGAACAUAAUCAUGUCUUCCCUCUCCUGGAAAAAUACUGUGGCUACCAAGAAGACAAUAUCCCACAGCUGGAAGAUGUCUCCAACUUCUUAAAAAGCUGCACUGGAUUUCGCCUACGUCCUGUGGCUGGCCUUCUCUCAUCUCGGGAUUUUUUGGGUGGCUUGGCUUUCAGAGUAUUUCAUUCUACCCAGUAUAUUCGUCAUUCAUCAAGACCAAUGUACACACCAGAACCUGAUGUUUGCCAUGAACUUCUUGGUCAUGUUCCCUUGUUUGCUGAUCCCAGUUUUGCUCAGUUUUCCCAAGAAAUUGGAUUAGCUUCCCUGGGAGCUCCAGAUGAAUACAUUGAGAAACUUGCUACGGUUUACUGGUUUACAGUUGAAUUUGGACUAUGCAAAGAAGGCAAUGCUAUUAAGGCCUAUGGAGCUGGGUUGCUGUCAUCGUUUGGUGAAUUACAGUAUUGCUUAUCAGAUAAACCUGUGACUGAGCCUCUCAAUCUAGAAAGAACAACCAUUCAAAAAUAUCCAGUCACUGAAUUCCAGCCCAUUUACUAUGUUGCUGAAAGUUUUAAAGAUGCAAAACAAAAGUUAAGGCGAUAUGCCUCCACCAUUCCCCGUCCAUUCUCAGUCCGGUACAAUCCAUACACUGAAAGGAUUGAGGUUCUGGAUAACACCAAGCAACUGAAGAAUUUAGCAGAUGCCAUUAACAAUGAAAUGGGAGUUCUCUGCAAUGCUCUUCAGAAGAUCAACUGAAGAUGAUGAUUUCAGAUUCCUUGCAUUCGUUCUGAAAGCCGAAGGGCAGACAUUGAAACAAAUAUCAAACUGUAAAAAAAAAUAAUAAUCACCUAAUAACCUAAUGUAGAUAUGUAUCAGAUGCUUCAUUUGCUUACUAUGUAUAUUUUAUUAAGUUUGACAAUGAAAAAAAACCCAGCAAUCUGUU